GAUGUCGUGAUGUCAGAUCUGUAGUCCUGUAUAUUAUUUUCAGUCGAAUGAAAACAAACUGCAGUCAUUCGCGGACUUUGGAAUGUGAAUUUACCGCGAUAUUGCUUUUAUUCCAAAAAAGCUUUUGUCAUUGAAGUUUGAGCUGAAAUUCAAACGACGAUUAACCAGAACAGGAUGCUGUACGUUACAUUUCUUCAGCGGGAGUAUUGACUGAGUGUGGUGGGAAAAAAGAUGAUGUAAUUUUCCAAAACGUCAAGGGCUCAAACUGCACAAAGUGUGUGCUUUGUCUAUGGCGGGUUUUUGUGUUCGCCGGCUGCUUUGUUCGCGUUGUUAUGAUCGGUUCUUUUAGUCGAUUUUACCGCCCAGUUUUCCACUUCGGGAAGACAGGAUGGAGAGUGUUGGAGAUUUUGAGUACAGCAAGAAAGAUCUGAUCGGCCACGGGGCUUUUGCAGUUGUUUUUAGAGGGAGGAGAAAACAGAGAUCAGAGGAGACUGUGGCAAUCAAGUGCAUCAAUAAGAAGAAUCUGUCCAAGUCUCAGACCCUGCCAGAAAAAGAGAUUGAAAUCUUGAAGGAUCUUCAUCAUGAAAAUGUUGUGUCACUUCUUCAUUUCAAGGAAACGUCCACAUCAAUGUUCCUGGUCAUGGAGUAUUGCAACGGCGGUGACUUGGCAGACUACCUCCAUGUGAAAGGGACCCUGAGUGAAGAUACAAUACGAUUCUUCCUGAGGCAAAUAGCUGCAGCAAUGAUGGUUCUACAUAGCAAAGGCAUUAUCCACAGAGACCUGAAACCACAGAACCUGCUGCUCAGUCACCAGUCCAAGAAGACCCCGCCUCCAUCAGACAUCAGAAUCAAGAUCGCUGAUUUUGGGUUUGCCCGGAUUCUGGAGGAGGAUAUGAUGGCAGCAACGCUGUGUGGAUCUCCUCUAUACAUGGCACCAGAAGUCAUCAUGUCCCUGCAGUAUGAUGGCAAGGCUGACUUGUGGAGUCUGGGUACCAUCAUCUUCCAGUGUCUGACAGGGUCUGCGCCGUUCAAGGCCUCCAACCCUCAGGAGCUUAAGAAAUACUACCAGCGAGCCAAGCAUGUACUGCCUGAUAUUCCUCAGGGAACCUCAAAAGAAUUGAAAGAUCUUCUCAUCCGGCUUCUGAAACGAAACCAGAAAGACAGGAUAGAAUUUGAUGCAUUCUUCAGUCAUCCAUUUCUUGGAAAGAAAUCACAACCUACCUCAUCUGCCCCUAUGCCAGUACCCAGUCGGACCCGCAGCUUCUUAGCCGAUUCCCCCGAGCAACGCACCCUGUCGGUCUCCCCGCUGUCCGGCAACAUGCCCAUAUCCUCCCCCGAGGACCAGCCCCCAAGAAAGCAUCGGUCAUCGUCUUCCCAGAGCGACAACAGCCGUGGUGGCGCCGUUUCCAGCUCGCCGGACAAGUAUGGGACGGGGACGCCACAGAGUAUCAACUCCCUGGAUAACGAGAUCGUAGAAGGGGAUUUUGUGCUAGUUUCUCCACACUUUCAAUGUACAGGGUUUGAGCAGUCACCAAAAAGCAGGCGGCUGGAUCGCCAGAGAUCAGUCAGUGACCCUCCCCAAGACCCCAGGCGUAGCUCCCUCCCCUCCCCUCCUACCCCCGUGGCCAUGUUUACCACUCAAGCACCGGGGGCUUGCUCGCCGACAAACGGAAGCCAGUCUCCAAACGAGAGGCCCACCAGUCUUCCCAUAGCCACGGGAUCCUCUGGCCGGUCCAGCUUGAGUCCCAGUCGCCAUCAUCCCCCGGGCAUCAAGACCACACCCCCUGCCUCCACUCCCAGCCCUCACAGUGCAAUAAGUCCAUCCAGAACCUCCCCACAGGGUGUUCAUCAACUCCAGUUUGGCAAGUUGCCAAGUCCGGUGGCAGCGGUGGGAUUGACCUCACCAAGCAGUCUCCCCUCAUCAGGAUCACCAGGUGGAGGUGUCAUCCACAGAAUCUCCAGUCGCCCCCAGGCCUCCCCGUCACCGCCCCUCUUCAGGUUCCCCACGGGGAGCUCCAACUCCCCACCACAGAUAGAAGCGGGGGCCACGGCUCAUCAUAAGUGGUCCCCGCCCACCAUGAAGCACCCCGGGUCCGGCUCACCCGCCAGGAGGAAAUUGUCCUCACCGGCAAGAAUAUCCCCUCUGGCUUUCAACAACCCAACUGCCCUCCCAACGAUAAUGGGAUCGCCCACCAAGAGAGGGGACAAGGUAUCGUCGCCCAUGAGGACAGAAGACAUCAUUUUAGAAGGGCCUCUCAGCGCCCCCUUCGCCAGACCCCAGCGCACCAAGACCUUUUCUGGUGCCAUCGCUGGCUACGAUGGGGAGGACUGUUCCCCUAGGGAGACGGCCCUCUUCCCCCGCAGUGCUAGCUCCAGCAGGCUGGACCAGUACUCACUCAAGGCUGCCUUUGAGAGCCUGGGCAAAUCCCCCGCGGGGAGCAUCGAGGGACUUGCAGCUGCGCUUGCCACCAGCCCGCCCACCAGUGCCAAGUUCUACAUCGGCAGCACGUCGCGUCGCAACUCAGCCCUGAUGUCGGAGGGCUCCCCCAACAGUCAGAGUUCCAUCACCUACGCGGCGUCACCGCCCAACAUGAUGGGACCCAUCAUGUUUGUUGCCCCUGAACUGCCAGAAGAAACACUCCUAGAGCCUGAGCAUAACGAAACAGUGGAACGCCUUACCACCAUCCUGCACAUAGUAGACGCCAUCAUUGAGGUGGCCCAGCAGCGCAGCGACCCGUUGGCUGAGUCUAUCUAUGGUGGGGACAUUGACAUUGGUACGGGGGAGCAGGUGUGCUUCGUCAGCGAAGGCUACAGGAGGGCAGAGCAGGUGGUGUUGUAUGCCCGAGGGUUGGAGCUUCUGUCUGCCGCCCUGGAAAUGGCUAAAACGGAAAUCCUGGCCCAGAGACUGAAACCCUCAAAUGCAGUACGCAAUGUUGUCACGGCGCUGAAUGACCGGUACCACCAAUGCCUCGGCCGGUGCCGCAGCCUGUACGACAGGAACAUGAGCCGGGCUCGGGACGUGGAGAGAGACCGGUCCCUGAUCACCGCCGACAAACUCAUGUACAACUACGCAGUGGAGCUGUGUCAGAGUACCGGGCUGGACGAGUUGUUUGGCAACCCGCAGGAGUGUGCAAGUCGUUACCACACUGCCCAGUGGCUACUGCAUGGGCUGUGCCUCCAGGCGACAUCAGACAAUGAUAGGGAACUACUUUUGAAAUACAAACUGUUACUCGAUCAAAGAAUCCUACAUCUGGAGAAGCAGCCCAGCCCUGCACUGGCCUCACUAGCCACAUCAUGAGGCAACCAAGAAGGGGGACAAGGGAACUUGGACGAAGAAAACUAGCAGUCCAGAAAACACCAAUCCUAAACAAGAUCCGGGAUCAGACGGAGUGACUGUUCAUCUGUUGCUUAAUUGCUCCAGAUGCUUUUAUAAAUUAUCUUCGAGCUGCCGAGGAGAAGAACAACAAACGCCUAGCAAAGGUUACUUGCUUUAGCAAAAGUCAGCUUACUUUGUUACUUGCUUCAGCAAAAGUCAGCUUACUUGGUUACUUGCUUCAGGUUACUUGCUUAAGCAAAAUUUGGUUUUAAGCGCCGAAUUGUAUUUUGCAGUUUUUGCUGGUUACCCAAGUUAUGCUGAGCAAAAAUCUGUUUUCAUGUUGAGCAGAUUUCUGUGCUUGUGGAAAACCAAUGUGGAAGUAAUGAUCAAAACUGAAAUUGGUGCUGUUUUUUUUUCCAUCUGGCUAACGUGUUUAUGUUAUACAUGUAGAGAGCUCAGCUGUGAGGGACGCGCCCUUUGCGCAGUGUGGUUCAUGCGUAUGCGCUUUGUCUAAUGCGGGCAAGUUAAGCCACGAUGGCCUUGGUGAAAGGCUAGCGUUGUCGGCAAUGCUUAUGAAUGCCCCUCUCAGUGGUUUCCCGCCAACACUGCUUUUGGAACCGUUGAAGGGGUGUUUGUGCAUGUAGUCCACACCAAUAAUACUUGUGCAUUGGUUCGGGUUGACCAGGCCAAACUGACCCGAAACGUUAUAGGUAUAAACCGAGUUCCAUCAACCAGAUUUUGGUUUAUUUCGGGGUUUUCCAAAAUGGCUUAACCAACUCGAACAUUGCAUAACCGAAACAGACCCGAUCCAACUGAAAUGAUGAGCAAACCGACCCAACCCGACCCGAAGUCGGUUUCGGGUCGGGUAGGUUUCGGUUUGAGGUCCGUUUUGCACAAUAUUAAUAUAUGCCAAUGCUGCUAUGGACUUUAGUCUUGAGUCGGCCAUAUUGAAUAGAAAGCAAGGUGAAGUCUUCAUUUUUCUGAAUUUGCGAGUAGAAAUGAAAGCAAUAAAAUACCAGUUCGUUAUGAAUUAAUACCAGUCUGCCCUGAUGAAUAAUUAAAAAUUUGUGAUUAAACAUACCCUAAUGUUUUAAAAGCCACAUUUAAAACAAAAUUUAAAAAGGAAGGUAUGUUUUCCUCCAAGUAGACAGGUUUACGUUGUACUUGUUUUCAUCGUGGAAUAUUCAUUUUGGCAGUUUCUUGAAUUCAGUAGAGGUGCUUGAUGACAUUAACACAAAUAAUUAUCUGAUUAGAAUAGUCAGUUACUUGAAACGAGCUUCCCAAAACAAAUUGUGUGUACAAAUAUAGUUUGGUGUUGCCAAAAAAAAGUUUGUUACGGGUCGUAACAAACUCUAGACCAUUAGAUUCCAAACUACUAGUAAUGUAUCUUUUUGAGCUACUUUGCUAACACAUAAUACAGAAGAGGAUUUGAACCUCCGAUCUUUGAAGUAAGAUUUGGAUGUGUAUCUCUGUGUAGAUUAAUUCUUGAAUGAUUGCACAUUCCUAAGGAGGAGUGAUGCCAACUCAUUGGAGUUUGAACCUGUGUGACUGUUAAAGGUGCAGUCCAUCAUUUGUAAUUUGUGCAUUUUGUUCGUUUGAAGCAAGAAAGGUGCUCAAAAUCUAAAGAAGGGUGCUG